AUGGAAAGGGAGCAGAAUAAAGAAAAGGAGCAGGAAGAGGAUGUGGACGAUGACAAGGAUGAGGCGAUGGAUAGUGUCAAUAUCGAAUACGUUUCUGAACCACCUGACCAGUCUGAUCCUAUGUACAUUUAUUUCAUGAAGAUAUUUGAGGCUUUUAAGAUCGCUCCAGCCGAAGAACAGAUCAAGGACGAGAAAAGCCAGGCAGACAUCGAGAAGUGGAAUCGCGAGUACAUGGCUCCAAAGGCGGCCAUCGUCGAGCGCAUCGUUCAAGAGGAAGAAGAAGCGAAGCAAGAAAAGCUUAAGGAGGAUGCUGAUAAGCCAAAGUUGUCCAAGAAGAAGAUGCGCAUUCUGAUGCGACCCAGCAUCGGUGAACUGAAGGCGACCACCAACCGACCAGAUGUGGUGGAAUGGCAUGAUGUAACGGCAAAGGAUCCAAAACUGUUGGUCCAUCUAAAAUCGGUUAGGAAUACUGUUCCGGUUCCACGGCACUGGUGUUUCAAAAGGAAGUAUUUGGCCGGAAAACGAGGUUUCGAGAAACCCCCCUUCGACCUUCCUGAAUUCAUUAAGAAAACUGGCAUAAUGGAGAUGCGGCAGGCACUUCAAGAGAAAGAGGAUCAAAAGUCGCUAAAAUCGAAGAUGCGCGAGAAGAUCCGUCCGAAAUUGGGAAAAAUCGACAUCGACUACCAGAAACUGCACGAUGCGUUCUUCCGGUGGCAGAUAAAACCAAAAAUGAGCAUCGUCGGUGACAUGUAUUAUGAGGGCAAAGAGUUCGAGACGAAGUUACGCGAAAAGAAACCAGGCGAGCUUUCGGACGAACUUCGUAUCGCAUUGGGGAUGCCUGUUGGGCCGAAUGCCCAUCGCUUUCCUCCGCCGUGGUUGAUUGCCAUGCAGCGUUACGGGCCGCCACCGAGUUACCCCAACCUGAAGAUCCCUGGCCUGAACGCUCCCAUCCCUGAGGGCUGUGCCUUUGGAUAUCACGCCGGAGGCUGGGGGAAACCUCCGGUAGAUGAAACAGGGCGUCCGCUGUACGGCGAUGUGUUUGGCCUUGAUCUCCCGUCUCAACCGUCGCUUCAAGAAGACGAGGAAAUCGAGCACAGACCGUGGGGCGAGCUGGAAAGUGAGGAGUCUUCAAGCGAGGAGGAGGUGGAAUCAGAGGAUGAAGAAAAGGAGGAAGAUAUCACUGGUCUGGUCACCCCGGCGGAAGGACUGAUCACUCCAAGUGGUAUUUCAUCGGGCAUAACGACUGGUCUCGAAACACCAGACAGCAUCGAACUGCGUAAAAAGAAACUGCAAGAGGAAGGUGGUGAAACCCCUGCUCUUUACACCGUGUUGCCGGAGAAGAAAACAGAGAAAAUCGGUUUGCAGAUGAUGGCUUCCACUCAUGUGUACGAUUUGAGCGCCGCGCAGCCGGGUGUUUCUGGAAAAAAGGAGGGAAAAGUCACUGAGGGAGGCGUCGAGGUGUCGCUGAAUCCCGAUGAACUUGAUCUUGCCGAUGCAAGUGGACUUCAGCAAAAAUACGAAGAAGGUCUCCGCCAGCAGCAACUCGGUAAAGAAGAAGAUUUUUCGGACAUGGUCGCUGAGCACGCAGCUCGACAAAAAGUAACGCUCUUUGUUUCCAUAAUUUGUGUGUGA